CCCUUUAAUUUUAGGGACGUACGACUUUUUCCUGUGGCGGGAGGGGGCCAUGACUCUACUAAACCAAACUGCAAAAAAAGCCGCUGCAGUACUAAGAAUAGCAUUUGAGGACGGAAGGUCUAUCAUUUUUAAACCAUGUAGGAUCAAUGCCAUUAGUCUCACUUUUAACUUUCUCCCAACUCAACAUGUAGGCUUCUUCAGCUGGUGAGACAAGCAUCCGAACCUAAAGCAAAAUAGGAACAUCAAUAUCUCUUUCAUUUCGUGAAAGACAACACCAGGCAGGUGGGGAAAAUGGCAUCUGUAUCUAUGCUUUGCUUCUUCCUGUGGAUUUCUUCUGUCAUCAGCAUUGGACAUGGUUGUCCUGAGCUAUGUACCUGUUCUGACAGAUAUGGACGUCAUUUUGCAGAAUGCUCAUACAAAGAAAUGGUUGAAAUCCCUGACGGAUUCCCCCCUAACGUGACCACUCUUAGUCUUUCUGCUAAUAGAAUCUCUCUGAUCGAGUUUGGAAGCUUUGACAAUGUGACCCAAGUGACUUCCCUAUGGAUGGCCAACAAUGAGAUACUCUCCAUUGAGCCGGGGACCCUAGCCCACCUGAUACAGCUGCGUAACUUUGAUAUCAGUCACAACAGAAUAGUGGAUUUCCCUUGGGAAGAUCUCCAGAAUCUCACAGCUCUGCAGCUUCUGAAGAUGAACCACAACAAGAUGGUCAGUUUGCCCAAACAUGCCUUCUUCAACCUCAACGAUCUGAGGUCGCUGCGUCUUAACAAUAACAGGUUCACGACUAUUGCAGAAGGGACAUUUGAUGGCUUAAUGUCCUUGUCUCAUCUGCAGCUCUAUAACAACCCGUUCACAUGCUCCUGCUCCAUGGACUGGCUGAGGGACUGGAUAUUGAAGACCACCAUGACCAUCCCUGAGCAGAAUUCCAUUGUCUGUGCAACCCCAGAAAAACUGAAAGGAGCAAUUAUUGUGAAAUUGCCUGAAUCAAAGUGCAUGGCCCCUAUCGUCAUCAUAACAUCUCAACCAGACAUUGGCAACACAACACUCUAUGAUGGUGCAGUGCUGAUGUUGACCUGUGAAACUGAAGGCAAUCCAAAUCCUGAAAUCAUCUGGAAAAUCCAUACCGAAAGACACAAUGUGACGUUGAGUUUGUCGACAGAAGAGGAUGACUCAGCAGAGUCGGCAGAAUCCAGGGAGGAUACUAACAUCUCGGACAAUCCAAUCAAAUUCUUCCACAAUGGUACCCUUAUCAUAUCACCAAUCAGCAAAAAGGACAUUGGCAACUAUAGCUGUUUAGUGACAAAUGAAUUUGGUAAAGCUGAGGAUUUGGUGUCUGUAGUUAUUGUGGAUGCACCAACACCCCCUCCUAUAAAAAAGUUGAUUGAAACUCCCAUGGUUCCAGAAACCAAGCCUUCUAUACAUCAACCAGAUUUCAUAACGUCCAUCUUUGACACAUUCCAUUUUCCCAAUGUAGAGAGAAAGGACAUCAUUAGUAACAUCCCAACUCUUCCACCAUCUGCUGAAGUUAAAACAAAAUAUACAGACCGGGCUGUGAGGUAUCCAACCCGUGCUACCAAAUGUGGCUUGAAUAGCCAAUCACAAUACAUCUCCAACCAUGCCUUUAACGGGACCCUAGAUGAUGUCAAGCAAUACACAUUUGACUUUGGCAUCAUUGCCUUGGGGGUGUCGGAGACAGAAGCCAAAGUACGUCUUAACCCUCUUCUCCUACCUAAAGACAAGACCAGUAUCCAACUUAGCACCUCAGAGGAGUUUCACUCUGUCAACAAAGAGUUUCACAAAACAUCUGAAGUCUCAAGAAGGGUAAUCUCAGACGGCUUGUAUCUGUGUGUUACUGCUGACCGCAGACACUCUGCAGUCCAGUGGUCUAGGAUUGAAGAUGGUGUCAACACCUAUCUGUUCAGGGGUCUACGCCCUGGAACCAACUAUUCCCUCUGUCUCACCUACAGAGGGGAGGACUGUGAAGUCCAAGUACUCUUUGCAACCAGGAAAAAGGUUCCAGACUUGUUAAUCAUCAUCUCUGUCAGCAUAUGCCUUCUCACUGUGUCCACUGUGCCUCUGCUCGGGGCCACAUGCUUUCAUUUAGUGUAUAAAUACAGAACCAAAACCUACAAGCUGAUUAUGAAAGCUAAAGAUCAAUACCACAUGGAGAGGAAUCUAGGUGCCAACUUUAACAUUAGAGCUCCCAAUGCUGAGUCUCAAAGGAAGAUCUACAUUAGUGAGAUAGAUGAAGGAGCAGGGAGCGUGGAGGGCGACAGAGAGGGGGACGUGGAGGAGAGCGUUGCGACAGAGUCCUUUACUUUAUCUCAGUACAGAGGGAACCUAGAUGACUGUGAGGUAGGGUCUGAGUAUAGCGACAGACUUCCACUAGGGGCAGAGGCAGUGAAUAUUCGUAGUAAUUACAAAUAGUGGAGUCAUUAAAGGGGUCAUAGAAUGCAAAACCAAGUUUACCUUGUCAUAAUUGAAUAACGACAGUUCGGUGGGUAAAAUAGACAUACAGAGAACCUCAAGUCCCAUUGACACCUCUUUCCUACGCAAAUCUCACAAUUUGAAACUGCCGCUGUAAAACGGGCGAUUCCAAAAGAAGCACCAAGUUCAUGUCAACUCGGUGGCUGUACCUUAUUUGGCUCUGGUCUGUACCUUUGUAACACCCCAAAAUGUACAUACACCUUGGGCAAGGCACUUCACCCUACUUGCCUCGGGGGGAAUGUCCCUGUACUUACAGUAAGUCGCUCUGGAUAAGAGCGUCUGCUAAAUGACUAAAUGUAAAUGUAAAUGUAAUAACUGUUAUGUUGCUUACAAUUCUAAAAACAAACCUAAUACAAAGUUAUGCUUAGCCUACAACACUGAAGUGCGAGUAUUUCACUAGUAUUACAGCUGACGGGUGCUGUUGGCCAUGUUGCGUCUUUGCUCCGCAGCUUCGCUCAUUGUAAAACAACCAAUCAGCACGCAGCUCAUCGAAAUAUUCAUGAGCAUACCAUAAAAGGGAGAAAACCUUAAGGAACAGUGUGAAAUACCCUAUAAAAUCAUUCUAUGACCCCUUUCUAUUUGUGAUCAUCCAGGCCUAUCUGGGUGAAUAUUGGUGGUUGGUGGUUGAUUUCUGAGACUUUGAUUGGCUUGACAUGAGAAGUAUAACACCCAGGUAAAUAAACGCCAUAUACCCUUGCCAUAACCAAAUUACUUAAAGUUAAAUUUAAGGAUACCUCCUUGAUGUCUUGAUGGAAAAACAUACUUCACCAAUUGAUACAGAAUAGUUUUUUUGUUUAUAAAAUAAUAAAAAGCAAACAAUUACAUUGUAAAAUAAAUUGGUGUUAAAUUGGUGUUAUUCAAACAUUGAAUGUUUUGAAUAAUGUUAGGUCAUUGGUAAAUCGUUUAGUCUAUUUCCUAUAAACAUCCUAGAGCAUAAAUACAUGUUAGCAGGUAGAGGUGAAUUGUUUAAGAGCAUUUGCCAGUCAAGCUUCCCAUGGUUGUAAAUUAGUCAAAGUAAAUGAGUGUAGUCUGCGUAACAGGCAAGUAGGGGUAAAGAUCAUUUGUACUGUGUUCUAAAUGUCUCGGCACUCAUGAAUGUGUUCGUCACUCUAUUGUAACUAUGCUGGUACAUGUUGUUAUUAACAAAAAGCGAUGCUAACAAAAUUAAGAAAAGUUUUAUGCUAAUACUGCAUGUUAUUAGUAUUAUAUUGUAGACCCAAGCAUUGUGUCAGUAUAACUCUUUCUAUCUGCAACUCUUAACAAUUCUAUUUUCUGCUGUUUGGGUUAGGAGUAGGCUUUAAUGUUUACUUCUCAUGUUACUGACUCUAUGUGCCUGAAUCAAUAAAGUUAGAUUAGUGACACAUUUUAAGUGUUUUCACUUUUACCAAUGAGUAAUACACAUUUUAAAUGUUAAUAAUUGUCACUUCAAUUUCUUCAAUUCAGAUACUAUUUUACACUUGGACACUGGAGAUAGAAUCAUAGAUUCAAAGUAAUAAUCUGUGAUGGAAAUUAAUAGAGAACAUGCAACGUCUUAUGUCUUUCCAUACUAAAGGAGAACCCUUUAUUUUUCCAAAAGAAAUAGCAAUAUCAAUUUUCUCUGUCUUUUACAUGAAUGUUAAUGUAAAGUUAUUUCUGAAAGUUUGCAUACAGUAAUCCUGGGAUAGCAUAAAAUCAGUAGAUAUUGGGGCCACACUUUGCAUUAAGUAAUAGCACAUAGCAAUACCUUUAGUAAAAACAUUGUAGAUACAUAGGUGUUCAUGGUAUAGGUUAUUACAAAAGUUUAAGAAGGCCCAGUUACAAUAGUGGUUGUGUCACCAAAACAAGAUCAAUGCAUAUCCCCUACAUCGCCCAACCACUCCCAUACCAAGUUUCACUUGUGCAAUAACUUAGAGCUAAACCCUAAUGAAAUGUAACUACAUUGCAGCCACUUUGUAACUACUAUAUUGUUUCCAUGGGUAUUGCUAAAUAGUUGCAUGGCAGUUAUGUAACCUUAAUGUAAAGUGUUACCAACAUUGGACACAUCAAACAAAAGGUAAGACAACCAUCAAGAUUAUUGCAAAACCUGAUAGUAACUAAUGUAUGUUGAACUGAAAGUUGAAUCUGAACAGAAUAACACAAAAAGAAAGCUCAAGAUGCAUCAGUGAAAACGGUCUUGCUGUAUAUUUAGCAAGGGAGCCAAGUCAAUCCAUUCAACCCAAAUUUCUGUAUUCAAAUUAACUAUCCAAAUUCUACUUCCACAUUCAAAGCAAAGGUCAA